AUGGAGGUGAAUCCAGUGCACAAUUCGAAGUCAACGGGUUGGACUUCAUGGGAUGAGCCAAAUCCGUACCAGUACGAUCGCCCAACAACUGAUCGUUGUUGGGGUCCAGCUGAUGAUCAAUAUACGUAUGAGCCUCAGUUUGUGGAGGAUGCUGGUAAUGUAGAUGAAGAUUAUGUUCCAUCGUCUGAAGCCGAGACUGAUACAAGCGCCUCUGAAGACUUGUCGGAGCCAGAGAACGUGAGAAGGGCGGGGAUUGAAUAUGCAGAUUGGCAGAAUUUGCAGAUCGACGAGGAUGAUGACGAACAGGUUCCUGGAGCAGAUGAACUAACUAAUUGGUUAGUUCCGGUUAUCCCGUUGGACGCCGCAGCGGCACUUGGCAAGGAGUUUUCUGUCAGCAAAUCAGACAGCAGACGAGUCUACUUCAAAUGCAAGCAUUCAGAUAUGUGCCCCUUCAAGCUCCAUGCAUCGUCACAAGAUGGAGUCAUUUGGGGAGUGUAUAAGUUCACCAAUGAGCACUCAUGCGACGGUGAGCUAGGGCGCGUAGCGCGAAUAAAGGCCCCCGCAAAAGUCGUCGCAGCAUAUUUAGCACAGAAGAUACACGACGAUUGCGAGAUCUUGAAGCCGAAGGCCAUCCAGCUGGAGCUGCGACGUGAGUUUGGCGUACAGAUCAAGUACGAUGUUGCAUUGCGAGCCCGUAAUCGAGCCACUGAGAUGGUUUAUGGUCGACAUGAUCAGUCAUUCGAGAUGCUGCCCAAGUACUUAUACAUGUUGAGACAAUCCAAUCCCGGUUCGAGGGUGGAGUGGGAAGUUGACGAUGAUGGCCGAUUCAAACACUUAUUUGUUGCUCUUGCAGCUUCGGCUACCCCUUUCAUGUUCAGCUUACGGCCAGUGAUUGUCGUCGAUGGCACACACUUGAAGGGCAAGAAUAGGGGUAUUUUGUUUGUUGCAGUGACGAAGGACGGCAACGAGAGUUUGUUCCCACUCGCGUAUGGUGUUGGCCCGAAAGAAAACGAUGAAUCGUGGAGUUAUUUCAUGUCACGCAUUCGACGUGUUUAUGGCCAAGCCGAUCCACUUUUGAUUGUCUCUGAUCAGCAUAUCUCCAUUGCCAAUGCUAUCAGGAAUGAGUUACCAAAUGCAACCCACGACCUAUGCUACUACCAUUUGCAAAAUAACCUGAAGCAUUACGGUAAGGCAGUGGUCGAGGUGUAUCGACAAGCUGCAUUUGCGUACGAGAAGUCCGACUUCAAUAGGGCUAUGAACGCCCUGAAGGUUAUGAAGAGAGCCGCGUACGAUAAACUAAUGGGGAUUGGGCCGGAGAAGUGGGCUCGUUCGAUGUGUCCUAUGCCUGUGCGACGCUACAGUUUUAUGACAUCAAAUGCUGCUGAAGCUUUUAAUUCCAGAUUGUUGUGGGCAAGAAGACUUCAUAUAUGCUCGAUGUUAGAGGCAAUCAGAAUUGUUAUUGAGAAAUGGUUCAGCGAGCGACUAAGGGCUGCACAACAAAUCGAGCAAGGCUUGACUGUUGAGGCUGGUAAAAGGGUAGCUAUUGAAGUCCAAAAAAGUCGUCGAUACACUGCACAAAGGUUGAGUGGCAUGAAGUAUAAGGUGCAAACUGCUGACAGAAGCUUCAAGGUGGAUCUAGAGAAGAAAAAAUGCGAAUGUCGAGUAUUUCAGCUAGACCAACUGCCCUGUUCUCAUUCAAUCGCUGCAAUAAGUGAAGCCGGUGAUACGAUCGCAGAGUAUGUAGACUCGUACUACACGAAUGACUUUCUUAUCGAUACUUACUCUCGCGAAGUUAAUAAUCUCCCGCCGAGACGCCAGUGGUUGGUUCCCGAGCACAUCGCUGAGCAGGUUGUAUUACCUCUGAUUGUAAAAGGUCAAGCGGGGCGCCCAAAAGAAGGUAGACAUCGAGGUGGUGGUGAAGGCACCAGCACACAAGCCGAUGAGUCUUCUAGUAUCAGGCGUCGUAAACCAAAGAAGUGCAACAUCUGCCAUGAAGAAGGACACAGCAAGAGAACGUGCGCUGGCAGGGCGACUGAGCCCAGGGAGUAG